AGGUGUGAUGAAGAGCUCGGAGCCCGAGCAUGAUAAAGAAGUAUCGGGUCCAGUAGGAAGGAUUUUUUUUAGAUAGUGGAUCCUUGCCUUUUGGCGUAUCCAUUUUUGGUGGGAAAUUAGUUGGGUGCAGUUGAAUCAGUGAAGGCAACCUGUAGUAGACUUGUGAUAUUUGUUUGUGUUUCUUCUGACCAGAGGGAGUGGGCUCUCCGUGUCACGCAACUUGGGUCAAUAUAUGUUAUCUCGCUUUGCUCUUAGGAACAUGGCACCAUUGAAAUGAGUGUUUUCGGGGGUAGCGUUAAGUGUGGAGGUGGAGCAAUUGAAAUCGAAGAUUUCCUGGUGUUUGUGACGACCGCCGUAUUUGGUGCGACACAGUUCCGGUGGUGAAACAGGAGUCGCUGUCAGUCCUUUUGAGUUUUGAGUCUUUACUCGACAAAGUCAUUUUAGGAUAUCAGUUAUCCUGUUAGGGCUUUUGUGUUAAAUCCACUGCGCUGUUUCAGGUGCACCAUUUAUAGUCGUCACAGCAGUAUGUAGGAGGACAUUUUCAGGAUGUGGGAAGUGUGCAGAAGUACACGGGACAGAGGAUUGUGUAGUUUCGUUGGAUGUGUCAACUGUAGGGGUGGGGAAGUGUCUGUCCGGUGCGAGAGAGACAGGUGGAGGUGGCCAGAGUCAAGAGUAGUGCAGGUGCGGUAUGCUGAGGCAGUGAAGAAAGUAGAAGAGGAUGGUUCAAGGGUCCCGAGAGGAUGCCUGUGAUUAGUGGAUCUGUGCCAGCACAGAGGGAUAGGUCAACGAGUGAUAUAUGCUUCAGUAAGGUUGGCUUUUUAGCUAUGGUUAUCAACUGUACCGCAUAAAUUGAAUGUAAAUCAGAGAAAAUAGAUGUUGUGGUGCAGAGAAGCAUUUGGGUAUACGAUAUUUGACUUCAGAAGUAUUACAGGGUGUGUUGAGUUGUGAUGUCCUGUCCUCCCAGGCCGGUAUCAUGGUCAAAGUAGUGGAAUGGGGUAGUGUUUUUAAAAAAAAAAACAGUGUAGCGUUAGUAGUAGGAACCAUGAGCUAUGUACCAUGGCAAUCAGGGGACAAAUAACAACAACGGAUUAGCGACGUUUUCGUCUUUUGUAUGAUGUUGAUGAUUAUUAUAUUGUUAUUUUAGUUUUUUUAUUCGGUUCAUUACCAGUACAGUUGGUGGCGGCGUGCACUAUUGAAGAAUUGUUGCUACGUGAUGAUGUCGCUACGUUGAGACUCUCAAAUCGAUUGACACGUAGCUACAAUUAGUAAACAAGGAAGAAAAUUAAAAUUAGAGACAAAUAAAAUACAAGAAAUAAAGCUAUCUAGAUCUGUCUCAGAUCUCAGAAUCCUGCCUCAAUAUGAACAUAUUUCACCACAGCAUCAGAUUUCAUGCUCUCUUCAAGUUCUCCCAAAUUUCCCACUCUACCCAGUUACACCUGAAGAAUGUCUACUCCUGCUUGGCAGUGUGCAUGUUCGUGGCUGCAGCAGGCUCCUAUGUCCAUGUUGUCACACGGCUCUUUCAGGGUGGUUUGCUGUCACUUCUGUGUUCCCUGGGCAUGAUGGUUUGGUUGUCCAUGACGCCACACAACUCGGAGACAGAGAAGAAUAGACUGGCUAUCCUUGCAGGGUUUGCUUUCUUCACAGGUGUUGGUCUUGGACCGGCAAUGGAUUUUGUCAUUACCAUUAACCCAAGCGUCAUUGUGACAGCCUUCCUCGGAACCUCCAUCAUCUUCAUCUGCUUCACUCUCAGUGCUCUGUAUGCCAAGCGUAGGAGCUACCUCUACCUGGGAGGGACUCUGAUGUCUGGAUUGUCCAUCUUGUUCCUUGUGUCUGUGUUGAACAUGUGCUUUGGAUCAGCAAUACUCUUCAAGGCUCACAUGUACAUGGGGCUGGUCAUUAUGUGUGGCUUUGUUCUGUUCGACACUCAGCUCAUCAUUGAGAAAGCCGAGAACGGAGACAAGGACUACGUCUGGCAUUGCGUGGACCUGUUCCUCGACUUUGUGACCAUUUUCAGAAAACUCAUGAUUCUUCUUGCCAUGAAUGAGAAGGACAAGAAUAAAGAAAAGAAGUAGAUGGAAGAAAUCCAAUUGAAGUUUCAAAUAAAUUAUCUGUGAGAAGGAACAGAACCAGCAACAAAGCCUCUGGUCUGCAAUGCUGUUGGUGCUUUUACUAUUUGUCGUUCUUUGUUAACUUAUGGUAUAUUGUUUAUUUUCUUUUGUUUUGAGCUUGCAAAAGAAGGUUACGAUAAAAGGCUGUAUUUUAA